UGAGGCCUCUCCUCAUGCUGGGCUCCCGAAACAUUUCACUGUUAUGACACUGUACUAGAUGUAAACCUGUUAUCUGUUGUGACUGAAACGAACAGGUAAUUUGAGUGUUUAUCGCUGGAUAUCAUUGGCUGCUCAUGAGCAGCAGUGGCUCCGCGAUCACUCCCAGCCCUUACGCGCCACUGGCUGCGCGUGGUGACAAUCACAUUUGCCGUGACGUCAUUGCGGUGCGGCAGGUGAUUGGUUGUCCGUUCUGCAUAAUCUCACCGCCGAGUAGCUCAGGUUUUGUUCACCAUGUUGGAUCCACGGCUCAUCACAGCUGUCUUAUGACCAGUAGUUUGGUUAUGUCAGUGGCAGCGGAACAUCGUGGGCCCGAUGUGUAGAGGUUCAACCGGAUGGCUUUCUGUUUCUCCACUGACAGCAGGGCUCACCGACACGGAGAAGGACGGCUGUUUUGAUGUGGACACACAGACCCCUAUUAGCUAGCUCUGAGCUGUCAGGUUCAUUGCUAGUGUCUUCUUCCUAGCAGCAGAACUGAUUCCGCAUUAAGAGGGCUUAACUUUGCUCCCGCAUUGUUGUUUAUUCUCGCUGGGUCAGUUGAUGUGAGCCGCCGGAGGAAGCAGUGAGACACAGCAAACACACUCGCUGCUGUCGAUGGGGAAAAUAAGUUGUUUGGUCGCAGUCUGUGAGGAUUUCUUCGCUCAUGUUUUGGGUCCCGCUUUGAAGCUUCGUCUCGCUGUCACAGUGAUGGGGGAUUGUUCCGAGGCGCACGGCUCGGUGGAUCUCUGUAAUAAUAUGUGAGUGAAGUGGACGGCCGAGGCCUGGGCCUGUCUGCCUGCCUGCUGUACUGUGGCCUGGGCUGGGAUACACCUCCUUUGCACCGGAUCAGGAGCGUUAAUUGCGGCUGGAGAUUAGCCUUGUUUACGGGGGAGCAGUCUGAAUGAGGAUUCCGUUUGGAAGAAUAGAUGAGAUUUCCAAACCGUGCGGAGCCCCGGUGGUGGGAAGAGCGGCAAACUUGGACACUUUUAAAAGACGAAUGCCCUGCAGCCUCCCAUGUGACAGGCUUUAGAUCACACUGUUGUUUCAAGACGGGGAAGCCGACUUUCAUCAGGAAGGAGGGGGGCUCCACCUUUAUCAUGAGGGACAUCUAGGGACACCUACUUUUUAUUUGCAGAGGGGGGUGCGGGUUCUUUUCUAGUCACUUUUUUUGAGUUCUCAUCGUUAGUGGUUGCACUGCACAGGUUUUUAGACUCGGCAGAUCAUCACUGUAGCUACAUGCUCAUGGUAUGCUCUCCGUUAUUAGCCCCGGGCCACAGCAGCUUAAUGGUGUGCAAGCAAGAAAAUUAAUUUAGAGGAAGUGGGUCAGAUCCUUGUUGGCAUUAUGAUAAAAAGGCACGCCACAGUAGUUUCUCUCUCCAUGGAUUUGAAGUAGCUGCUGCUGGAUCAUUUCAACCUCAGAUUAGUUUACUAUAUGUUGUUUCUUAAGUUUCACGAGUCGUAGCCAUUAGCAUCCCUUUCAGCAGCAGGUUCUGACGGGAGGCAUUUCAGCGUCGGUGAAUGGCUCUUUGCGGCACAGCGGCUACAAAUGUUACAAAAAUGAUGGCUGCUUACAACGGUGGCUCCUCAGCAGUGGCUGCCCAUCACCCGCAUCACCACCACCAGCUCCAGCACAUUCCGCCUCCCCACAUGCACCACCACCACCACGCGGGCCAGCAUCAUUUGCAGCACCCGGGCUCCGCCGCCGCCGUGCACACUGUCCAGCAGCACACGUCCACGGGUGCCGCUGCGGCAGUGAUGCUCAUAACCACCAACCACCACCAUCAGCAGCAACACACACACCACAUACAACAGCAGUUGGACAUCGAGCCUGACAGGCCCAUCGGCUAUGGAGCGUUUGGCGUGGUCUGGUCAGUGACAGACCCCAGAGAUGGAAAGCGAGUUGCCCUCAAAAAGAUGCCCAACGUCUUCCAAAACCUUGUAUCUUGUAAGAGGGUAUUUCGGGAGCUGAAGAUGCUGUGUUUCUUCAAACAUGAAAAUGUGCUCUCUGCUCUGGACAUACUACAACCUCCACACAUAGACUACUUUGAGGAAAUCUAUGUGGUGACUGAACUGAUGCAAAGUGACCUACAUAAGAUCAUUGUAUCCCCCCAGCCUCUGAGCUCAGACCAUGCCAAAGUUUUUCUUUAUCAGAUUCUACGAGGACUGAAAUACCUUCAUUCUGCUGGCAUUCUACAUCGAGACAUCAAACCUGGCAACCUUCUGGUAAACAGUAACUGUGUGCUCAAGAUCUGUGAUUUUGGCUUGGCUCGAGUGGAGGAGUCAGAUGAGUCACGGCACAUGACUCAGGAAGUGGUGACACAGUACUACCGAGCUCCAGAGAUCCUCAUGGGGAGUCGCCACUACUCCAACUCCAUUGAUAUCUGGUCUGUGGGCUGCAUCUUCGCUGAGCUGCUGGGAAGACGCAUCCUCUUCCAAGCCCAAAGUCCCAUUCAGCAGCUGGAUUUAAUCACUGACCUGCUGGGGACUCCUUCUAUGGAGGCGAUGAGGACGGCGUGUGAAGGUGCUCGUGCACACAUUCUCAGAGGCCCUCACAAACAGCCAUCCCUUCCUGUUCUCUACACACUGUCCAGCCAAGCAACCCAUGAAGCUGUCCACCUCCUCUGCAGGAUGCUGGUGUUUGAUCCAUCAAAGAGGAUUUCAGCAAAGGAUGCCCUGGCUCACCCUUACCUGGAUGAGGGUCGACUGCGCUACCACACCUGCAUGUGCAAAUGCUGCUACACCACAUCUUCUGGCCGUGUUUACACCAGUGACUUUGAGCCAGUCACUAAUCCCAAGUUUGAUGAUGGCUUUGAGAAGAACCUGAGCUCUGUGAGACAGGUCAAAGAGAUCAUCCAUCAGUUCAUUUUGGAGCAGCAGAAGGGGAGUCGAGUGCCACUCUGCAUUAACCCCCAGUCAGCUGCUUUCAAAAGCUUUAUCAGCUCCACAGUGGCUCAGCCCUCGGAAAUGCCUCCGUCUCCGCUGGUGUGGGAAUAGCUUCUGUCACCUGUAGUCAUCUUUCCCGACUGACAAGCUGCUAAACUGGGAACAUGAACAAUGUCUGCUAUCAUCUGCGUAGCAUUUCACUGGAGAGCAGGACUCACAAGUGUGCUGUGUGCAUGCUGACAUGUGAAACACAUGAAGAGAAAACCACUGAUAACUGUGUGAUGGGGUGUAUUUAGAGAGUUUGGUAUGCAAAUGAAUCAGAUGAAUACUCCACAGACAACAUCAGAAUGUUGGAAACAGCCCAUCUGCCCACUUCCAGCUAGAUUAGAUUGACACUUAUACAGUAUAAUGAAGUACAUUUGUUUUGCUAUAUAUAUUAAUUCUUUUUUUUUUUUUUAAAAAAAAGUCUAUUUAAAAUAUUCUCUAAUCACAGAGGAAUUUCCGAUACAUUUAGGCUACUCUGCACCCACCUUCACCUCUGCACUGAUUAAUUCCAUUCAACUUUGCUUCUUUUUCAGACAAUCAAUUGUAAUUAUGUUAACAGACUAAAUGUUUUUCCAACUGAAAGCUUCCCAUAUUUUAUAAGGACAUUUUAACUAAUUUAAAUGGAAUUUCAGGUAUGUGUCCCUUUGUCCUCAUGCACAUUUGGCCAUAGUUUUCACUUCUGUAACAGUUCAUUUGCCAAAGAUCAGAAGCUUCAUGUAUAAAUGAUGCAUAAACAUAUGAGACUGUGUGCAAAUGGUUUGGGAUUUAACCUGAACAUUCAGGUUGGAUAGACACAUCAAGCCAUGCUGUAAAGGUUCAGUGUGUAUGGAACAAACUUGUUGUCCCAGCUGGCUUCUCUUGAAUGAAUCCCCCCACCUCCCUGUUUUUUCUCCUGCAACUUAGGUCUUAUGUUACAGAAAUUUGGGGGAUGCAGACCCCUUCCAGUUCUAAUGUUAGAAAGGUGAGGGUGGACAUUGGUUUCACACUGUUACACUGAUCCACCUGGCACUUUGUUUGAAGCACUUCAGUGUUAGCGAACACUCCACACAUUAGCCAUUCCAGGAGCGGAUAAAUCAGGGCUGAGCAUGUCAGUUUUUCCUAGAGUUCUGCCCUCUACUGGCCAAAAUGGAUCAAUUCAGCUUUAAGCAGAAGGUGCAGAGCGUCAGUGAUCAACAAUAUAGUCAUGUCAUGUAUAAUGGGCUCGAUUACUGUUGGCUUGUUUUAUUUGUAUGAAAUGUUAGCACGUCAACAUGCAAGAGGCUCAUAUCCACUGUAGAUCUCACUGUCAUUUCCUGUCUGUUCUGAUGGUGCAGUCCUUCCAUGUAGAACUCGCUCCUAUCAGUUCACAGGCUGCAUCGCUUUGCUGAUAUGCCCUCAACACGCUUUUAUAAAAUGGAAGUGAAUAAUAUAAAUUCAUAGAGUGAAGCUAAAAACAAAUCCACUCAUGUUUAGUUCAGGCAUAGAGGAAUGCACUUCAUGUUGAGAUACAUUGCCAAGUUUUACAUAUACCCUGCAUGUAUUAGAACAAAUACAUGUAUUCAUGUAUCUGCUAUGUUUAGGCAUGAUUUCAGUGAUGAGUUUAUACAUGAGGCCUGAAAAAAUCUGUAUUGAAGAUAUACCAUUCCUAAUAUGUAAACCAGUCUGGGUUGGUCAUUGUGGAAUGGGUCAGGUAUCUCCUGAGAACACCAACACCACCUUUACUUCUGGUUGGAAUAAUAGACCUGGGAACUCACCACAUCAUCCUACUAAUAGGGAUUUUAGAUGAGUUGUGUUUAGUUGUUGAGAUCUUCUUCUGUCCGUUGACACAUACGGAUAGAAGGGAGAUGUCAGUGUACGGCCUCUCAGCAGUCUGUAGUUCUGAAAGUGUGGUGUUGAGCAGGUUGUUUCCAUACUCUGCUCUGACUGGACAGUUGUCUUCUGAUGUAGCGACAUUAUUAGGAGGCUGGAGGCUGCAGCUAUCAGCUUUUCUUCUAUUUAGUUUCAAAUUCCCUCCCCCAGUGAAGUGCAGCAGUAAACAGCUGAUUGGGUCUGGGCUGGCUGUGACUUGCCCUGCAUCAGAGGACAUUUGCAUAAAGUUCAGUCUCCCUCAUUCACAAUGAAUAGCAGCCGUCAGUGGCCCAACUUUGUGAAUGUGUUGGGUUCUCACUCGCAUGCUACAUGAACAACAAUUGAAGCUUUCAUGUGAAUAGCAAAUAAGUUGGAUAAAGGGAUAAAACUAAAUGUUACCCUUGCUUCCGAGCAGGAUGACACAACUCAUCAGACUGCGGUGAUACAGUCCUGCCCCCACCUCUGAGUGGCCGUAGUACUCAGACCGCUAACAUUCACCUCAGCACUGGUGUAUGUGCUGUCAGCCUAACUCAGUACUUCUUGUAUUUAUGAAGGAACAUGUGCUGUCUACUUGUGUGCCUCCUAAUGUCACUGCUGGGACAGUGAGGUAACUCUUCACACACUCAGCCAAACUGAGCAAAUUCUACCCCAAAGAGUCUGAAGGGAAAGAUUUAUGGAAAACAAAAGUGCACUGAAGUGAAACAUGUCAGCUCUCUGUACGGCCUGUUGGCCUUCCUACCCUCUGGCUCUUCUUUUUGCAGCAUUGGCCAUCCUUCCUGUUGUUUAUCAGAACAGUUUAUUUGACAGCUUCAUGGUAGGGUUUUGUCCAUAUAGCACCAAACAACAGCACAUAACAGCCCAGACAUGGCUGUUUGAGUCAGGCAGAGGGCCUUUGGUGCAACAUCUCCCUCUUCUUUGGACAUCAGCACCAAUAGUAGCAGUUACUUCCCAGACUAUCUGUUGGGCACGGUUACAUGCUCUACAUUUCAGCUGGUUGACUGUGGGGUUCUCUUCAGUUAACUGAAUCACACUAGAGUUUGUUUUAACCCUCAUGGCUGUGUGCUUGAUCUUGUUUACUUUACUUGUUUUUUUAAUCAAUAUAUAACAUAUUUCUUUCGUUUGCCUUGGAACAACACAAAACAGCAAAAAAAAAAAAAAACCAAAUCUGAUCCAUUCUA